CGGCUCUCGACUGGGCCGCCUUCUUGGGGAACGUCUUCAUGGUCCAAGAUUUACUGAAGGCAGGAACCACGCCCAACGUCACUGACCUGGCGGGCAACACGCCCCUCGUGCAGGCAGCCCAGGGAAGCCGCCCUCGAGUGGUGGAGGUCCUGCUCGCCCAGGGAGUCGACGUCGACCACCGGAAUAAGGACGGAAAUUCUGCUCUGGCCUGGGCUGCCUUCAACGGAAACCAUGUUAUUAUUGAGGACCUGUUGAACGCCGGUGCGAGAAUCAACAUCACAAAUAACCAUGGGAACACACCGCUGGUUCUUGCCUCGAAAAUGAAAACACUUGACAUCGUGAAACUCCUGCUGGAGAGGGGGGCGACGGUGACCCAGCAGGAUAAUCUUGGUAAAAACUGCAACACUGUCGGAACACCUGUUGGCACGUGCGUCUCGUCAGCUGAUUGCACGCGUCUGGACACGUUGCUGCCAGCUGAGAGUGUAAACAACAACACGACCAGAACAGCGAAUCUGCUUGUGAAUUUCGCUUGCGGCAGUGUUGACGGUGCGAUCUAGGUGUGCUGUCCACGUGAGUGAGGUCCUCCAUGGAAUCCUACUGAUAUUUAUCUUUGAUAAGAUAAGAUAACAGAUAUAUUUCAGUGGAUUUUGAGAUAUACAAGAAUCUGGUAUUGAUGAUGUUAUUGAUGUCUGUG